AUGAAGCUGCUGCUGGCUUCCAUCGCCUUCCUGGCCACGCUUGCGGUGACGUUGGGACACCCCGACCCCGCGCUGGAUUGGCACUGGCAGCUCUGGAAGAAAACCUACGGCAAGGAGUACCGCCACAAGAAUGAGGAAGGGGACCGGCGCGUGACAUGGGAGAGGAACCUGCGACUGGUGACGCUGCAUAAUCUGGAGCACUCCCUGGGGCUGCACUCCUACGAGCUGGGCAUGAACCAUCUGGGAGACAUGACCAGCGAGGAAGUGGCGGCUUUGUUAACCGGGCUGAACGUGGUCCCUCGGCCAAACCGAACCUCCACGUACCGACCACAACCUGGCAGCAAAGUCCCGGACGCGGUGGACUGGAGGGAGAAAGGAUGCGUCACGGAUGUGAAGAAUCAGGGCGCUUGUGGGUCGUGCUGGGCCUUCAGUGCCGUGGGAGCCCUCGAAGCCCAGGUGAAGCUGAAGACGGGGAAGCUGGUGUCCCUGAGUGCCCAGAACCUUGUUGACUGCUCCAUGAUGUACGGGAACAAAGGCUGCAGUGGAGGUUUCAUGACCCAAGCUUUCCAGUACAUCAUCGACAACCAAGGGAUCGACUCGGAUGCUUCCUACCCCUACACAGCUCAGAAUGGGACAUGUCAAUACAACGCUUCCACACGAGCCGCCACUUGCUCCAAGUACGUUGAGCUCCCAUAUGCCGAUGAAGCAGCCCUAAAAGACGCUGUAGCCAACAUCGGACCAGUGUCUGUCGCUAUUGACGCCACCCAGCCCACCUUCUUCUUGUACAGGUCAGGUGUGUACGAUGACCCCCGGUGCACACAGGAGGUGAAUCACGCAGUAGUCGUGGUCGGCUAUGGCACCCUAAAUGAUAAGGAUUACUGGCUUGUGAAAAACAGUUGGGGCGUGCGUUUUGGUGACGAGGGCUAUAUCCUCAUGUCAAGAAACCAUGCGAACCAUUGCGGGAUCGCCAGUUAUGCCUCUUAUCCACUAAUAUAG